UUAACCAUACCAAACAGAAUAAAAACCAUCGAACCUAUAAAGAACACCAACCAUCCUAACUCAUCUAAGUGAUAAGACUCUCUUUCUCUUGUUUUCCCUCGUUCUUCUUUGUUGGCUAGAGUUUAAAUUUAAUUAAAUCGAAUAAACCCCUACUAAUUUGAUCCAUGUUGAUUUAUGUUCUUAUUUCAACAAACCAACGAAGAUAGGACCCCCAAAAAAGCUUACAAGGAGAGAAACCAUGCGAAAUCUCCAAACCCUUCGUCUCCCGUUGUUGUUUCGUACACUAUUUACGGUUGGUUUCGUCACUCUUCUUAUGAUUGAUGUGUUUGUAUUACAAAACAAUAACGAAGUCGACAAAACAAAAGAGACUACUACCGCCGCAACGAUGAACAAUUCCAUUACACAUGCUAAGGGUGUAAAAGAAGAUCUUGGUGAUGGAUCAAAACAUGGUGAUCUUAGCCACAGUGCAAGCAAAAGAAAAGUUCCUCGUGGACCCGAUCCUAUACACAACAGGAGAGCAGGAAGUUUAAGACGACCACCGGGAAGAGAAUGAGUACGGUGAAAGCUUGGAGAAGAAGCAGAGAGAAUGAGAGAAGUAUUUGUUGGCAAAAUAGGUUUUUGUAAGUUUACAAAAAAAAAAAAAAUAGGUUUUUGUAAAUGUAAUGCUCCUAGAUUCUCUUUCCCUUUCAUUUGGAAUCGAACCUAUAUGCUCAAAAUAUUUGUGACCCUACUACACUUCUAUUUUUUUCUUUUAGUAUUUUGUUUUAUUUUUUCUAGCAAAGAAAUACCGUGCUUGCAUU